AGGAAGCGGCUGGCCGCCCAGAGGACGCGCAGCGAAGGGAGCGAUUGGCAAGGAGUUGGGUCGUCAAGGACCGGCCCCCGCACCCGCCCCGGUCACUAGCUCUUCCUCCCCCAGGGAAACGGGAGUUUUGGACGCGCGCUCUGCGCCGACUUGGGGGGAGCGUGUGAUCUGAUUUCUUUUCGUGGAUAUUCUACCCCCCUCUUGAUUUUUCCCCCCCUUUUGGGGUCCCCUUUGGAGUGGAUCCAAUUGAUGCUGUGGCCAGAUCCCAGGGGGGAUUCUUCUUCGGUUAUCGAUCCGCACGCCAGGCGUUGUUUCGUCUCUGUUUGAAUCGACACCCCACCAUCCUGACAACCGAAGGAACUCUCUCCGAUGGCCGGGAAUCUGCACAAGGGCUGGUUUGGGGGCUGGUGGACUACCGGAGUUUGCUUGGCGGCGCUUUCCUACUUCCCAGGCCUUUGGGCUCAGAUGGUGCUGGUCAAUGACACCGUCUCAGGGUACAUCGGGACUGACGUGAUCCUGCACUGCAGUUUGAUCUUCCCCAAUGUGAAGAUCACCCAGGUCACAUGGCAGAAGGCCACCAACGGCUCCAAACAGAAUGUGGCCAUCUUCAACCCCAACAUGGGUGUCUCCAUCCUGCCCCCGUACAACGGGAGGGUGACCUUCCAGGCGCCCUCCAUCACGGACGGUACCAUCCGGCUGUCGGGCCUCGAGCUGGAGGACGAAGGCGUCUACAUCUGUGAGUUCGCAACCUUCCCCAGUGGCAACCGGGAGAAUCAGCUCAACCUCACCGUGUUGGCUAAGCCAACCAACCGGAUGGAAAGCACGACAAGCCCUCUGAUUGCCCGGGCUGGCAUGACGGAGAAGAUCUUGGUGGCCACCUGCACGUCCUCCAAUGGGAAGCCCCCCAGCACUGUGACCUGGGACACCAAGCUGAAAGGGGAGGCGGAGUUCCAGGAAAUCCGCAACAGCAACGGCACCAUCACGGUGAUCAGCCGGUAUCGCCUCCUGCCAAGCCGGGAGGCCCAUCGGCAGCAGCUCAUGUGUGUGGUCAACUACCAGUUGGACCGCUUCACAGACAGCAUGACCCUCAAUGUGCUGUACGAGCCUGAAGUGAGGAUUGAUGGUUUCGACGGCAACUGGUACCUCAACCGGAAAGAUGUGAAACUGACGUGUAUAUCUGACGCCAAUCCUCCGGCCACCCUCUACCAGUGGAAGCUGCUCCCAAUGACAUCCGUAGGUAUGAAUAGAAUGAACGGGUCGCUUCCGGACAACGUGGAGGUUCAAAACAGCACCUUGUUCUUCAAAGGACCUGUGACCUACAGCCUGGCAGGGACGUAUGUCUGUGAGGCCACCAACACCAUUGGCACGCGGUCGGGCCUGGUGGAAGUCAAUGUCACAGAAUUCCCCUACACCCCGUCUCCACCGGGCACAUCCGUGGCACAGUCAGCCAUCCCCACCGCCGUGAUUGGGGGCGUGGUGGGCGGAGUCUCGUUGGUCGUAGUGGUGGCCGUGGUGGUCCUGAUGGUGCUCCGCCAUCGGCGCCACACCUUCAAGGGGGACUACAGCACCAAGAAGCACGUCUACGGCAACGGCUACAGCAAGGCCGGCAUCCCCCAGCACCACCCGCCCAUGGCCCAGAACCUGCAGUACCCCGACGACUCGGACGACGAGAAGAAGGCCGGCCCGCUGGGAGGCAACGGCUACGAGGACGAAGACGACGACGGGGCCGGAGGGGACCGCAAGCUGGGCGGGGCACCCAACAAGUACGACGACGACUCCAAGCGGCCUUACUUCACGGUAGACGAGGGCGAGGCCCACUCCGAGGCCUACGACGAAAGGACACUCGGCUUCCAGUACGACCCCGAGCAGCUGGACAUAGCCGAUAACAUGGUCUCCCAGAACGACGGAUCUUUUAUUUCCAAAAAGGAGUGGUAUGUGUAGCCCCCCCAACCCUCUCUUGCCCCCCCCUCCCACCACCGCCUGCCACACGCUGCCUCCGAGCCCCAGGGCUAGCAGCUGCCACGCACAGCCCCACGUGUUGCCACACACACGCACACGAACCAACGCACUGGCCCAUGCGCGCACACAGACACCAGCCUGUGAGGGGGGGCGCGUCGCGUGCAGAGACUCUGAACAAGCAACGGACUGCCGCCGGUUCCGAGGCAACCCAGAAAAAGGCACGGUGGGUG